AUGAGCCCAGCGCAAGUUAACAAGAUUACUUAUAGUUUUCUUAACAAUAAUUAUUAUUUUGCUACUAGCGAAAGGGUCUGUCAAUUUGACGGGUUUUUGGCUGCUUUUCCCGAAGUUUAUUUUCCUAAUUAUAAUGUCAAGUUAAAGAGUGAGUUAGAAGCAUUUUCCCAACUAGAAGCCAAAAAAAUUGAGGUUCAAGAAUAUCAGGAAAACAAACCAGUCCGUUAUAAUGAAGGUAGUUUAGUCCAAGAAUUAGAAAGAUUGGGGAUUGGUCGCCCUUCUACUUAUAAUCUUUUUGGAAGAGUAUUGUUGAAAAGAGGUUAUGCUGAAUUAAAUGAAAGGGGGCAAUUUGUUCCCACUCCCUUAGGAGUUUCGGUUAACAAUUGA